AAAGCACUGAACUGAACGCAGCUACACUUCUUAUAGAUAAAAACAGAUUACAUUUUUUUCUAUGUGAGCCAAGUUGUCAAUUCGUCUGUGGUUUGAUAACGUAGUGCAGCCAUUUGUCUUCUUACAAGAGAACAGUUUUUCAACUUAUAAGUAGUAGUGUAGUUUCUUGGACGUAAACAAUACUCUAACUUUCUUUUUGAACUAUUAAAACAUUAUAAAAUACAACUUGUGAAAAUGAAUCCUGAAUACGAUUACCUGUUCAAACUUCUUCUUAUUGGCGAUUCAGGAGUAGGAAAGUCAUGUCUUUUGCUUCGAUUUGCGGAUGAUACUUACACAGAAAGCUAUAUUAGCACCAUUGGUGUAGAUUUCAAAAUUAGAACAAUUGAUUUAGAUGGCAAAACAAUAAAACUUCAAAUAUGGGACACCGCUGGUCAGGAAAGAUUCCGAACCAUAACAUCCAGUUACUACAGAGGUGCGCACGGUAUCAUUGUUGUCUACGAUUGUACAGACCAAGAUUCAUUCAGUAAUGUCAAGCAAUGGUUGGAAGAAAUUGAUCGUUAUGCAUGUGAUAAUGUCAAUAAAUUGCUGGUUGGAAACAAAAGUGAUCUAACAACUAAAAAAGUGGUUGAUUAUACCACUGCAAAAGAAUAUGCCGAUCAAUUGGGAAUUCCGUUCUUGGAAACUUCUGCAAAAAAUGCUACCAAUGUUGAACAGGCCUUCAUGACUAUGGCUGCAGAAAUCAAGAAUCGAGUAGGACCCCCAUGUUCACCAUCUGACCAAGCUAGCAAAUUGAAAAUUGAUCAGAGUCGCCCAGUUGAAUCAACAAAGUCUGGAUGCUGCUGAAAAUCUAAAGGGUGGGUGACUAUUUUAAUCUUCUGAAGUUUUCGUAUGAUGGCACGAAGCUACUAGUUAUAGUACUAUCCCAUCUGUAUAAAUAGUUUUUUAUUUCGUGUAUUUUAUAUUUUAGGUUAUUUUUUCUUUAAACGAAAGGAUACAAAAUCAAAAUGAAGGGUCUAAUUAGUACAUUGUGACUCAUUUAUUGUCGGAAAAUAGUUUUCCUUCUGAAAAUUGCACACGUAGAUUCCAGUUUAUUUAUUUCCUUCUCCUAAUAUCAAAUUUGUAGAUAUAAAUAUGAUACAUAAUAAUUACAUAGGAUAAUGAGAUUUUUAAAAUGUGUAGUUUGUUUUCAUAGGUGUGAAAAUUUGUUAUUCAAGUGCAGUAUGUCGAAAUAAGGAUUCUUUUGUUGAUACAUUCAAUACAAAUAUAGUUCCAUCCUUUAUUCA